AUGGAUAAACUUGGUGAUUCCGUCCUAUACCAUGACACGGAUUCCAUUAUUUAUGCAAGCACAGGAGAUAAUGACCCACCUUUGGAAAACUUCUUGGGCGAAUUCACAGAUGAGCUUGACGGAGAUGUGAUUACAUCAUUUGUUUCUGGCGGAGCAAAAAACUACGCUUAUAGAACAGCGUCGGGCAAAACAUGCUGUAAAGUUAGAGGUUUCUCUUUGAAUUUUAGAAACUCUGAAAUCCUGAAUUUCGAUUCAGUUAAACAUCUUGUGUGUUCUUUGGACAGAGAAACCACAAUACCUCUCUGCAAUCCUUCAAAAAUUGUCCGCCAGCCAAAGAAGAGGAAGGUUGUGAACAUGACGGAAACAAAGAAGUAUCGUAUGGUUUACGACAAGAGGAUUAUUAACGAGACUGAUUACACAACUCUCCCUUAUGGAUUUUAA